CUGCGGUGGAACCAACAUUUCUGGAGAUUCGACAGGGCCAGGGUCGAAGCAUCACUAUGAGUUGCCGGGUGCUGAGAGCAUAUCCAACUCGGGUUCUGACGUAUGAGUGGAGACUGGGCAACAAGUUGCUGCGGACUGGUCAGUUUGACGCUCAUGAUUCUACAGAGUACAUAGUGAGCAGCCUUUCCAGGGACAGUUAUGGGAUUUACAAUUGUAACAUCAUCAAUGAAGCCGGGGCGGGCCGAUGCAGCUUCCUUGUUACAGGCAAAGCCUAUGCCCCGGAGUUCUACUAUGACACCUACAGCCCCCUCUGGCAGAACAGACCCCGGGUUUACUCCUACAGUCUGCAGUGGACUCAAAUGAACCCAGAUGCUGUGGACCGCAUCCUCGCAUACCGUUUAGGGAUUAGACAGGCUGGACAACAGCGUUGGUGGGAACAGGAGAUCACGGUAAACGGAAACAUUCAGAAAGGAGAGUUAAUUACAUACAACCUGACUGAACUGAUCAAGCCAGAGGCCUAUGAAGUCCGCCUAACUCCCAUCACCAGAUUUGGGGAGGGAGAUUCAACCAUUCGUGUCAUCAAAUAUAGUGCUCCAGUCAAUCCUCACUUAAGAGAGUUUCACUGUGGAUUUGAAGACGGCAACAUAUGUCUAUUCACUCAAGAUGAUACGGAUAAUUUUGACUGGACGAAACAAAGCACUGCCACCAGGGACACAAAAUAUACCCCAAACACUGGACCCAACGCAGACCGAAGUGGCUCCAAAGAAGGUUUCUACAUGUACAUUGAAACAUCACGCCCAAGGCUGGAAGGAGAAAAGGCCAGACUUCUUAGUCCUGUUUUCAGUGUAGCCCCUAAAAACCCUUAUGGAGUCACCAACACAGCGUAUUGUUUUAGUUUCUACUAUCACAUGUACGGACAGCAUAUAGGAAGCUUGAAUGUUUAUCUGCGGUUAAAGGGACAGACCACAAUAGAAAAUCCAGUAUGGUCUUCAAGUGGGAAUAAGGGACAACACUGGAACCAGGCCCGGGUUAAUAUACACCCCACCACUUCAUUUCAGCUCAUUUUUGAAGGGAUCCGAGGUCCUGGCAUAGAAGGUGAUAUUGCUAUUGAUGAUGUAUCAAUUGUGGAAGGAGAGUGUAUGAAAGCAGACCAGCCAGCCAACAAUUUACGAGCAGGUGCUGUUGGGACAUUAGCACAUAUAUGGCUUUUUCCAGUGAUCCUCCUCAUGUCUGUCUUAAGUCAUCAAAGGUGACCUUAUCCUGGCAGAGGCUAUGAAAGAUUCACCAGGCAUUGGCAUGAAGAAAGAGUCUUUGUAAAAUGGACAUUUAAAAACAAACUACCAAAGAUUCCUCCACUGACUGACUCAAAACAUUAAAAUAAAUAAAUAAAAAUUAAAUAAAAAAAGCACUGGGGAUAAAAGGCAUCAUGGGAGCGUAACUGACUCUGAACCACAUAUGAAAAGCAAUCUGGCGUAAAAGAGACCUUCAGGUGCUUUUGUGGUCUAUAAGAAACACGGCAUCAUCUGGUUGAACUCUGAAAAAAGGACCUAUAGAAAUCCUUGUCAAAGCACAAAGUCAUGGCUGGUUUUGUUUCAAAUGAAUAGUUUGCUUGUUACCAUGGAAACCUAAUGGCCUGCCAAAAAAAGAGAGAGAGAAACAGCACCUCACUGUAAACAGGGUAUAUGAAGAGCUGGCGUUUAUUUUCCCUUCAAGAAGGUUUUUAGUCUAGAAUUAAAUAAAUGUAGGCCCUUUCACCUUGGGGUGUCACCUCCCCUAGAGAAUAACCCUCCAUCAAAGAUGGUUAAGACAUUUAUGUUUCAUUUUCUCAUGGCUAUGCUAGAGAACUGUAUGCUGUCUCCUUUUGCAUGCAUUACUAUCCAGGGUGUGUACUGGGCUUACAUAUGACACAGGCUUAUCCGAGUUUGCUUGCAGCCACUUCAACACCUUUCCUCCCCGACUAAGUCAUCUGUUCUAAUGAAGUGAAGAAACCAAACCACCGUCUUUUAUAAAUUGCCAUGGAAACCAAGUGCCUUCAAUGAAACAAGCCUGAUUAAAAAACAAACAAAAUCAACACAGAAGCUUGCACUGCUAAAAAUGUGGUUUGUGCAAACUAUUUUCUAAACAAACCACAGAGCAUAAGUGUGCAAACAGCAGGCAAGGAAACAAGAGCCGCUUCUGGAGAAGGAUGGACCUAAGUUGCUGCGUAAGACCCUUUCAGACGAGAUGUUCCAGACAGCCAUGGCCUUUCAGCUUAUUAUCCAUUAGAAAAUAGCUUCCAUUGGUCCUGGAGAUGGGAGCAGCACUUUUUUUUUGCCAGAUGAUCAAGUGGGUCAACCAGAGAAAAAGGUUGUUAAGAUGUACUUAGCUCAGCAGGCGGUAAAACACAAAAGGGAUUUUCUUACUCUAACCUCCAUUUGAAAAGAAAUUGGCCCGAGCUUUAGAGAGAUGAGAAG